AUGGCCGGACUCGGCGGCUCGCUGGCAAACCGGCCGUUCUCCACGACGGAAGAACUGGAGAAGCUGGAACAGUCCAUCACUCUGACGCUGCAAGAAAUCGACCACAACUUCAGCAAGGCGCAUCGCAUUGUGACGGGCAACAUCCUGCCUGUGGUUGAGCAAUACGGCGAGCAGUGCAGAUCCGUAUGGGAUGCUUCCAAGUUCUGGAAACAAUUCUUCGAGGCCGCUGCGAACGUGUCGUUAUCCGGCUACGAGGAGCUCGCAAACGAUGAAGGAUCCACGGGUGUCGAGGAGACGACAACAGCAGAUACACACGACGAUACUACAACGGACUACACUACCCACCCGAGAGACGACGAAGAUGGUGUCCAGACAGCCACAUACCUCAACACGCGCGACGAAUCUCUUCUGUCUGACGGCGACGGCGAUCUAAGUGGGAGCACGCCUCGCCCGCCGGCCACGACGUCACUGCACCCGCAAUUUGCCGACUUGGACUCACCAUAUGAAAACCUACGACGCGAGAUGAACCGGGGACCGGACACAGACGCGAACGGUGGGGGCCAGCGCUCGCGGUCCGGAUCGCGGCCGCGAGCACCUCUCUCAGAUGCUAGAAUGGCCGACGCGGGUGGUGACGAGAGCACGAUGAUGCGGUUCAACGACAAUGAAAACGUGGAGGACGACCACCGUGACGACUCGUCCGCGGCGGACUCGGAGUUGCUCGCCCAGCGCACAGCACGCCUUCCCAACAUGUCCAUGACGCCGCGACAGUCGCUCGACGAACGCAAUCGGCGGGCCCUCGAGGACGAGCAGGCUAAUAGCCGGCGCCAAAAGGACCCCCUGAUGCACCGCGUACUGGGCAAAGACUACCGAAUCCAGGCGACACCGCACAAGAACACGGCCCGAGGCAUCUCACCCAUGCGCCUAAAGGUCACAGACCGACCGCCGACUGGUCGGCAGAACUUCAUACACAACGAGGAGAAGGCCAAGCGAUCAGCAUGGCAAGAGUCGUCGCCUAUGUCGUCGCCGGAGAUUGCUGUGCCGAAGCUGCGUAGCGCUGCCUUUAUGUCGCCAAUGCGCGCGGCGUACCGCAACAAGCUGGCGACGGCCGUGUCCGGCCCGCGGACGCCCGGCGUGAGCGUGCAGACGCCGGCGCGGACUAAGCCCAGGGAGAUUAUGUUUGACGAUAUUGGGUCGACAGAGAUGGAUCAGAAAUCACAUUUCAAAGCGCCUUUUACGAGAACCGAGACCGGCAAGAAGAAGCGCAACCCAGACGAGAUCACAUGGGAAAGCAGCGACGAAGAUGGUGACGACUUGUAUGGUGGCAUGAGCCCGCCCAAAACAAUCAAUUUCGCUAUGCCACCAUCUAAACUGCUGCAGACGCCUGCGCGGGAGGCAAGCAAACGCAUCGUCGAGGACAUAUUGCUCACGGCAGGGGAAGACUUGGACGGAUCUUCGGAGUAUAGCCCGACCAUGGUCAAGAUGAACGCGGAUAUUCUGGACGAGACAUUUUAG